ACAAGCAAAAAACAACCUUUUGCUAUCAGAGAGGCAUGUGUGGAGAACUUCUGUUUGCCCACUGUCUGCUCAUCAGUCUAUUUUUGUAUUUGUGCUUCUUGUCCCCCUUGUGUAAUAACAGUAAUAAUAAUAAUAUUUAUACAUUUAAUAAUUUUAAAAGCACUUGGAAAUAGCCCCUUUAUUGUGUAUGUAUGUCUAUGUUUUGAGGCUUGUUUGUGAGUCACAUGCUCCCCUCUGGCUUUGUCACUUUCGCGACGUCAUUUCUCGUAAAAGUAUCUUGGUAACAGGGCCGUAAGUUUCUAUUUUGCUCACCACGCCCCACACGAGAGAUUGACAGAAAAAUCCUCCAGCAGAGUGCGCGGUCCUUUCCUCCGAGUGACCAAUCAGCCAUUGAGUCUGAACGCGUGAGGAAACUGCGAGUCUUGUCUCGACAUUUUGGCUCUUUAACUGCUUUUGAUAGUAGUUCUGCCAGAGCCAAAAUGGCACCUGGCGUUUAUGCGUUGGGUUCCAGUUGGGAGGGAUAGGUAGAUAUCCAAUAAACAAAAGCAGUAAAAUACGCGACGGGAAAACGCUUGCUUACUCUUGGCAGUUGUUUUGUUUUACCAGCGUUCAAAAGUAGUCCCACGGAAGAGCUAGCUAUGCAAAUUGUCUUAAUUUAGCGGACAACUACUAAGAUAUAUCUCAGUGGAUUCGUGCUGACAGCUUGUAGUAAGGAUGGCACAGUGGGACAGACUGUGGCAGCUUCCUGCGUACCGACAGCAGUUACAUGAGCUCUAUGACAGAGAUGCGUUGCCCAUGGAUGUUCGGCACUACCUGGCAGCUUGGAUAGAGAAGCAGGACUGGCAGCGAGCAGCAAGGGACGAUGCCUUUGCUAUGGUACUGUUCCAGGUCCUGCUUGAAAAUCUGGACAUCCAACACAGCCGCUUUGUCCAGGAGGAGUCAUUUUUACUGCAGCACAACAUUAGACGCUAUAAGCAGAAUUUUCAGAGGUAUGUGGAUGAACCGUGUGCUUUGGCAACCACAAUUCUUUGGUUUUUGGAAAAAGAGAAGGAAAUCCUGGAGAGUGCUGAACUUGCUGAAAAGGUCCAGCUUUUGCAUGUCGAGCAAGAGGCCAUGGAGAUAAGCAGCCAACAGGACCUGGAACGUAAACUAGCUGGCCUGAGGAAUGAAGUGCAGUGUAUGGAACAUACAAUGAUAUGUCUGGAGGAGCAGCAAGAUGAGUUUGAUUUUAAAUACCAAACUCAUAAAUUGGAAGCUGUGGUAGAUGAGGCCUUGAAGAAUCAACAGAUUAGAGGGCUUCAGCUUCUUGUCAACAGACUGAAUGAAGCCAGAAAGAGCACACUGUCAGGCCUAAAUAAUAUUCUGGACAAGACUCACGACCUCAUUGACCUGCUGGUGAAGAAGGAGCUGGUGGAGUGGCAGAGGAGGCAGCAGAAAGCCUGCAUUGGUGCUCCAGACAAUGUUUGCCUGGAUCAGCUAGAAAACUGGUUCACCUGUGUGGCGGUGUGUCUGUUCCAGGUGCGGGAGUUUCUUGGCAAGUUGGAAGAGCUAGUUGGAAAAGUGUCCUACGAAAAUGACCCAGUGAAGGCCCAAAAACCAGCACUGCAGAAGAGAACAGACACUCUUCUAAAUGACUUACUCAAGAGCUCGUUUGUGGUUGAGACUCAGCCAUCCAUGCCGCAAGGGAAAGGAUCUUUGGUUCUCCGCACAAAUGUGCAGUUCUCUGUCAAGGCCAGACUUCUUGUGAAGUUUCCUGAACUGAAUCACUCCAUGAAAGUGGACGUAUCCAUGGACAAGGAAGCUCCUCAGAUCAAAGGGUAUCGUCGUUUCAAUGUCCUGGGGACCAAAACCAAGGCCUUGAACAUGGCUGAGAGCCAGAGUGGAGGCAUGGUGGCAGACUUCAGACAUCUGACUCUGAAGGAGCAGAAAUCUGGAGGUGGUGGCAAAGGUGUCAGUGAUAUUUCUUUGAGUGUUACAGAGGAGCUGCAUAUCAUCUGCUUCAACACUGUAUUUGAGCUGAAAGGCUUUUCAGUUGAGCUGCAGGCCUCCUCCCUCCCUGUGGUCAUCAUCUCAAACUCCAGCCAGCAGCAAAGUGCCUGGGGUUCUGUCCUCUGGUUCAACAUGAUCAGUCAGGAUCCCAAGGAUGUUAUGUUCUUCGCCAACACUCCUGCAGCUACUUGGCCUCAGUUCGGAGAGAUGUUGAGCUGGCAGUUUCUCUCGGCCACUAAACGCGGCCUGGAUGAUACUCAGCUGGAAAUGAUUGCAAACAAGCUCUUUGGGAAAAAGCCAAACUAUGACACCUGCAAAGUGGCAUGGUCAAAAUUUUGCAAGGAGAAUACGCCUGACACUUUCUGGGUGUGGUUUGAUGGCAUCUUGGUGAUGGUGAAAACAUACCUAGAGGAUCUGUGGAGGGAUGGCCUCAUCAUGGGUUUUGUGACCAAAGGCAAAGAGAAGUCUCUCUUGAAGAGGAAACAGAGAGGCACAUUCUUGUUGCGCUUCAGUGAAAGUGUCAUUGGGGGAAUUACCUUCUCCUGGGUGGAAAUCACUGCGACUGGUGAGCCUGAUGUAAAGACAGUCCAACCCUUCACCAAAGUCGACCUUUCCCAGAUUCCCUUCCAUGAAAUCAUUCGAAAUUUCCAGAUCUUAGAAGCUGAAAAUGUCCCAGAAAAUCCUCUGCUCUACCUGUAUCCCAACACUCCCAAAGAUGAGGCUUUUGGAAAAUAUUACACUGAAAAGAGUGGAGAGGACAGUCCGUACAUCAAGUACAUCAAAACCAAGCUGGUGUUUGUUUCCAAGGAGAACACACUGGAGGCUAGGUCACCCAUGCCCUCUGACAUGGCACAGGGUGAAGGCCUGGAGCCAAUGAAUGGCCUGUGUGGAGAGGCAGCUGAACAAGAUGGGAAUCUUCUUCCUGUGACGCCACCUCUGGAAGCUUAUGACCCUGAUCCUAUGCUGAAUGGCUCUGUUGCAGACUCAGAGCCCAAUGAUCUCCUGACGUAUCUCAACAACCCAAUCUUUUUUGACAGUGACUUUCAAGACGAGCAACCGCUGGCUGAUUUCAGCCUUCAAGGAUUUAACAGUCUGCUCCCACAGUCCUGUGGCAGCUUCCCAUAGCUUCUCUGUGUAUUCAUCCAAAUCACUCACUUACAGCUUUACUCAGUACAGCAUCCAUGUCAAAACUGUGGCGCAAAUCCAGGAUACCGUAUUUUUCGGACUAUACGUCGCUCCGGAGUAUAGGUCGCACCAGCCAAAAAAUGCAUAAUAAAGAAGAAAAAAACAUAUAUAGGUCGCACUGGACUAUAAGUCGCACUUUUUUUGG